ACUAUAACUCGUCGCCACGACGACGCCAGCAACAGAGUGACCAAAUGGCCAAGCUCGUCCAGUCUCCUCCAAAAUAUACUCCAGAGGAAUGGCACAGAUCGAACGCGACUCAGUACAAAAGCACAGAUCAGGAAAGAGCGGCGGCCGAGCGUCUGAGGGCAGAAUGUGAACGCCUUUGUGUUGAUCGCGAAAUCAAGACGCAACGGUCACAAAGCGACGUCAACAAGAAGUUGGACCAACGCAAAACAGACAUAACGUUCUGGAAAUCCGAGUUGGAUCGACAACGCGACGACACCGUAAGAGAAAUCAAUGCGAUGUUGGAAUCAAAGGAGAAACUCGAAAAGGCAAUGAGCGACACCGACUUUCCGUUGCAUGUCGCUCAGACGUGCCAGGGAUUUCGUACCGGUCGCGUGGGAAUCGAUCUGGUGCACGACGACGUGGAAGUGCAGCUGAUCAAAGAGGUCGAAGUGAUUGAAGGUAUACGGGCUCUAUUGCAGAGGACACUGGAACAAGCAACAGAGCAAACAAGGCUAUUGCGAUCAAAAAAAUAUUACCUGGAGAAAGACCUCAAGGACAAGUUCACUGCCUAUUCAAUUGAUGAACAUUGCUCGACUCUGAACAACAAGUCAGAUAACAUCAGCUAUUCACCUAACAAAGCAAUCAUCGACACAAAAUCAGUGGCACCUCAUGAAUGGGAAUUGUUCUCCAACGUGAACAUUUUAAAAGCAGAACGCGAACGAGCUGCUUCAGUCACUCUCCGUGGUGUGAUCGAUGACAUUGUUGAUACGACCAGGAAUGACAUGAAACGUCAGCGUCAAGUUGUCAAUGCUGCAUUCGACAAACGCAUCCAGGAGCAGGUAGAAGCCAAAGAGACACUCGUGGACCAUCUUGCCAAAGUUAACAACGAAAUCAAAGAAAUGGAGUCGAGCAUUGCUGCUGUAGAGGAUGCCAUUGCAAGCAAAGCUCCUCCAAUGAAAGUGGCACAGACGAGAUUAGAGACGAGGUCUCAGAGGCCAAAUGUUGAGCUUGUCAGAGAUCCUGUUCAAUUCCGACUCAUCGAUGAAGUGGCAGAAAUCACGGGCACACUACACCAGCUGCAAGUUCAGCUGGCACAGUUGCAGAGCUCCCUGAAAGGUUUGAAUAGACGACAGCUGAGUUUGGAAGAGGAUAUUCAGAUUAAGAGUAAUUCAAUCAAUAUUGAUGAGAAUCAGUGCAAGAACCUGAGACAACAGUUGCCAGAAUGACUAAGCAGAUCAAUGUAUGAAAGUUGUUGUGCGAACCAACAUCACUGCUUGUAGAUCGCUUUGUAGCAUAGCAAGUAGAUGUAAUUGUUUUGAAAGCAACAAGUCUGCAACAAUUGUGAAAUUCUAUUGUGGCUGGCCAUCUACGGUUUUG